AUGGUUUCGGUUGAUAAUGGGAUUGUGAACCCCAAAGAUGAAAUUGAGGAAUCUAAUGGCAGUAAAGUGAAGGAGUUUGUUUCUAUAGAUAUUUCAACAAGUCAAAUUCUGAGCAGAGAAGAUUCUCAGAAAAAGCUUCAGGGCACCUUAAGUUCUUCUGUUCCUAAUAGGAUAAAUUUUCUCAAAUUUGGUUCUGCAUCUGCUAAAUUCAAGAGGCUUGCUAUUGAGAGAGACCAGAUUUCACUAUCUGUGCCUUCUCCUCGAUCAAAGGGCCUGGGAGCACGUUUCAGAGGCAUGCUUACUCAGAAACUGGAUGGGGGUUCUAUCAAGAACAUGUGCAUGGAGUGGAUUAGAAGUCCAGUAAACAUGGCCCUUUUUGCGUGGAUCACAUGUGUUGCUAUUUCGGGUGCAAUUCUGUUCCUGGUCAUGACAGGCAUGUUGAAUCGUGUGCUUCCAAGGAAGUCUCAGAGAAAUGCAUGGUUUGAAAUAAAUAACCAAAUACUCAAUGCAUUGUUUACACUCAUGUGCUUGUAUCAACACCCUAAGAGGUUCUACCACCUUGUUCUUCUGAUCAGAUGGAGACCAAAUGACAUCUCUAGACUUAGAAAGGUGUACUGCAAGAAUGGUACUUACAAGCCCCAUGAGUGGGCACAUAUGAUGGUAGUGGUCAUUCUCCUUCAUGUUAACUGUUUUGCUCAAUAUGCACUUUGUGAUCUAAACUUAGGGUAUACAAGGUCUGAGAGACCCGCCAUUGGAGUUGGAAUAUCGAUAUCUUGUGCAUUUGCUGCUCCUGCAGUUGCUGGUUUGUACACCAUUCUUAGUCCACUUGGGAAGGACUAUGACUGUGAGAUGGAUGAAGAAGUACAGGUGGAGAUUACUGGCCCUCAAAGGCAAGAGCAGCCAAGAGAGAAACCAUGUGAGAAGAAAUACUCAUUUGCAUCCAAUGAUCAACAGAGGGUUGUUGAAAAUAGACCAAAGUGGAGUGGAGGAAUACUUGACAUAUGGAACGAUAUUUCCUUAGCAUAUCUUUCACUUUUCUGCUCCUUUUGUGUCUUUGGGUGGAAUAUGGAGAGACAUGGAUUUGGAAACAUGUAUGUCCAUAUUGCCACUUUUAUGCUAUUUUGUAUAGCUCCUUUCUGGAUUUUUAUUUUGGCUUCCGGUAACAUAGAUGAUGACAAUGUUAGGUUGGCUCUAGCAGCUGUUGGAAUCGUUCUUUGUUUUCUUGGUUUACUAUAUGGCGGAUUUUGGAGGAUCCAAAUGAGAAAGAAGUUCAACUUACCUGCCUAUUACUUCUGUUUUGGCAAACCUUCAGCUUCUGAUUGCACACUUUGGCUAUGCUGUUCCUGGUGCUCUCUUGCUCAAGAAGCAAGGACAGGGAAUAACUAUGAUCUUGUAGAAGAUCAGUUCUCUAGGAAACAAACUGAUGCUAGUAACCAACCUUCAAUUUCACCUUUGGCUCGGGAAGAUGUAGUACCCAUAAAAUCUGGCACAAGUUCUCCUCAGCGUGACAACUCUUCCCCUUGUAUGAUGAAAACAUCUAGUCCUCCAAAUUCAAGCAAUGUCUUAAAAGGAAAUUAUAGUUCAGAUAGUAUUGUAGAAAAAGAGAAUUGUGAAAGAGGUGGAGAUGGAAUAAUGAAUCCACCGGCUCCCUUAGUGAUACAAAGAGAGUGA